UGCCAGGCUGGAAGAGGUGGAGGAGUGGAAACGGGUCGGAGGCGGUCUUCGGGUCUCGCUUCCCUGCAAGGAGGAUGGCAGUGCCCGGCUGGGAGCGCCGUGGCCGGCUGCUGCUUUGCGCCCUGGGGCUGGCGCUGUCUGUUUACGCCUUCCACGUGGAGACCUCCAAGGAGCGGGACGCCACCUACCGGGCCAUGUGCGACAUCAGCGCCACCAUCAGCUGCUCCCGGGUCUUCACUUCCAGGUGGGGGCGUGGCUUUGGCUUGGUGGCUGACCUCUUGGGGUCCCAUAGCCUGUUGAACCAACCUAACAGCAUUUUUGGGAUUGCCUUCUACACUCUGCAAGUCCUUCUGGGCUUUUCCAACAGCGGCUUGGCAGCCGUUGCUCUUCUAGGUUCCUCCCUUAUCUCCAUCGCUGGCUCACUCUACCUGGCCUACAUCCUCAUCUUUGUGCUCCACGACUUCUGCGUGGUCUGUGUCAGCACGUACCUCCUCAACUUUGGCCUUCUCUUCCUCAACUACAAGCGAUUUGGCCACCUCAAUCAGAACCCGGAGGUCCACAUGCCCAAAGCCAAGCGUCAGUGAGGAGAUGGAACCUCGGCCAGGUGGCAAUCCUGUCGAGAGUCUAGCUUCACAUGGACCUUGCUUCUGCUAUUUUUUUUAAUAACCACUGCCUAUUUUGUAUAAUGCUAGCGUGGCGCUCCAGCCUGACAGUCCCACAUUCAUCCCUUGGAUCAGUGACUCAAUUUUUGUCUUUCUGGUGUCAAUCCUGUUAGGUCUCCGCAGUUUGUUUUCCAUUGUGGAGUUCAAAUGAAUGCCACGUCAGUUGGGCUAUCCUGCAGAGAUGUCAAUCAAUCUUUUCCCUUUUUUAAAAUAAAAGGAUUAAUAAUUUUCUUAGCCAUUUCUUUCUUCCUUCCUUCAGGUCAGUUUUAUACAAAGCGGUUUGUACAAAUCGUGUUAAGCUGCUGAAUUGUUCUGAACCGGGGUGAUAGAUACGCUUAACUGGGGUGAUAGAGACAUAAUAGAAGCCAUAACCUGGUUGUUAGAGGAUCACACAGGAUAGGUUAAAGUAGAAAUAAUAAAAGACAUCUUAAAAUUGUAUGUUCCUGGAGGCUUUGUACUCUGAAGUUAUCAUACUCAUUGAGGGUGUUGUGUAAAUAAAUGAAAUCCAGCAAUUGGAUCCUCCU